GUUGUUCGCGAUGGGCACAGCCGACACGCCGCUUUGGGACUGGGACUGGGACUGGGAGGAUGGCGCAAGUUGCUUCGCGGCUGGUGGAGAUUCGGGACUACGACUUCGGGUAGGGCUUGUUUCACUUUGGGACAUCUAUUGCCAGCCUUCGACUUUCUCUUGGGACUGCAGGCGGCUCGGAUGGUGGAGAACGUCUUUCGGAAAGACGACUUGAUUGGGUUAUUGGUCACCGCCUCCUUCGAGGACGCAGAGGAAGAAUCCGUUAAAUAGCGAACCCAUUGGGCAUGGAUAGGGGUCUGCCGCGGCACCUUUUUGUUUCACAAGCUGAGAAUGGCAAAUCAGAUGCGAUUGAUGAUGAUCAUGCUUCCCAUCUGAUCCCA